CAAACUGUGUUAGGCGGAGAAGUAUGCCACGUGGAAGUGGUUGAACAUAAUGAACCGAAAUCCAGAGUAAAAGGCCAAAGGGCAAUGCGCAAGGUUGUUUGGUUGUUCUCUCCACCACACAAACAAAAUGCCUUUGUCUUUCUCUCUCACUUCUUUUGGGGUUGUGAGGAAAGUGUUGGGGAAUCUUAUAACAGAUAUUGUUAAACCAAUGGGUGGAAAUUGGCACUUAGCAAGAAGAGGAGAAAGACUUGUAUCAUUUAAAGGUAGUGUAAGGCUUGCACAUACAACGUGCCGAAUCUCUGUCCCUAGGACCUUCCCAAGAAAUGAAGAAAAGGCCUUGUCUAAUAUCUCAAGGGAUAAGAAGACAGUUCCAGAAGCAGAUCCUCCCAGUAUCAAAGAUGUUCAUCUUUUGUAUGAAUUUUUGGACCAGAGUACCAAGCUCACGGUAUUAACUGGAGCUGGAAUCAGUACAGAGUGUGGCAUCCCCGACUACAGAAGCCCCAAUGGAGCUUAUAGUUCUGGUUUCAAACCGAUAACCCAUCAGGAGUUUCUCCGUUCAAGUCGAGCUCGGAGGAGAUAUUGGGCAAGGAGCUAUGCUGGGUGGAGACGAUUUACAGAGGCACAACCAUCUGCUGCCCAUACUGCUUUGGCAACACUAGAUAAAGCUGGCCGGAUUGAUUUUAUGAUUACCCAAAAUGUUGAUAGGCUGCAUCAUCGUGCUGGUAGCGACCCAUUAGAAAUACAUGGGACUGUAUACACUGUAAUUUGUAUAGAUUGUGGAUAUUCCUUUUGCCGGAGCUUAUUUCAAGACCAGUUGAAAGCCCUUAAUCCAAAGUGGGCGGAAGCAAUUGAUAACUUGGACCAUGGAAACCCUGGAUCAGAUAAGAGCUUUGGCAUGAAACAAAGACCUGAUGGUGAUAUUGAGAUUGAUGAAAGAUUUUGGGAGGAGGAUUUUAUAAUCCCAACAUGUCAUAAGUGCAAUGGAGUUCUCAAACCUGAUGUUGUCUUCUUUGGUGACAAUGUUCCCAAGGACCGAGCUGAUAUGGCAAUGGAAGCGUCCAGAAGAUGUGAUGCUUUUCUUGUUCUUGGGUCGUCACUGAUGACCAUGUCUGCUUUUCGACUUGUCAGAGCAGCUCACGAGGCCGGUGCUGCUACUGCAAUUGUGAACGUGGGUGUGACGCGUGCUGAUGAUUUUGUUCCCUUGAAAAUCAAUGCACGAUUGGGUGAGAUCCUGCCAAGAGUACUUGACAUGGGAUCUAUAAGCAUACCUGCUAUAUAAUGAUGGUAGAUGAAAACAUGUAUGAAGUUAUCCACUAGCCCAACUUUCUUAUACACUCUUCUUCAGGUAAAAUCUAAACGUCGCCACUCCAUUGGACAUCUCUUCCUGACUCUUCAAAUUCUGUAUAUGCCACUUUUCACCAUAAUUACCUGAAAAUUAAAAUGCAUUGGGUGAAGCAUUUUCAACUUCAGAAAUAAUGAAGUGAUGCUUGCAGAGGAUACAUGCACGUCCUGAUGAUUGUUGUAACACGACAUUCUAGAUUUUUAGAAAUGAUUGUGUGAUCUAUUUUUGCUCUGAUUAACUUUCAUUGAUUAAGAGCUUCAAGCUCUAAAAGUGUUGCGUUCUCAUUAGUGACUGCAAAAUUGCUCCAAUUUCA